AUGUCGUGCCAUCAGAAGACAAGGUUCUCCAGGCUUGGCCUCGAAGGCCGCGCGCAACCGCCACCACCAUCGCAGCCGGAGCCGGAGCCAGAGCCGGAGCCGCAGUCCGACGCAGAGUAUAGCUCCGACAAUGACGAGGACCCACGGUUGAAGGAGGAGUACAACUCCGAAAACGACGGGAACCGUGAGCACGACCUCCAGAUCUUGGAGGCUUUGCAACAGAAGCUCUGCGAGUCCAGAGCUCAUCGCCAUUAUGAGGCGUUCGCCCGACAGCAAGCGAUGCGCUUCUUGCAGAAGGAGGCUUCUCGGCGAAGGCUGGAAGCGCAGGGACAGUGCCGCCGGCAAGCUCCUGCGACGCUGGCUGCCAUGCUCCACCGCCAAAUGCGCGUAGCAAGGGAUGAGAAGUGGCCACGGACGCAGGCGGCAAAGGCGAAGAACGAGGACGAGGCAGACCCGUCGCGCGCCCCAACCAAAGGCCAUUAA